AUGACAUUUUUCAGAAAAGUGUACAUAAAAUUCACAUAAAUAUGCCACUAGAAUCAAUUGUAGAUCCUACUAUAAGAAUAAAACCAGCUGUAAAGCUGAUAGAUUUUAUUUUAAAAAAUAUCAAAGACACAGAUGAUGCACCAACUGGUAUUGUAUCCUUAAUCAAAUCCAAGAAAUCUAAAAAGGAGGCUGCAAAUGCCAUGUUAAAAAUAGAGGAUCUCAAGUGGUUAAACAGAUAUUUGAGAGAGUAUAGAAAAACUGCAACUAAAAAAAUUUACUUGCAUGAACUGUUUGAUAAUUCUGAUGUAAUAUUGCCAUCACCACAGAUCACACCACGGAAUCCAGAGUUGGAAGCUAGAAUAAAGAAGUUAAAGGCACAACAAGAUGCUAGAGAAUAUCGAGCGAUGACAAAGAGCAUUGAUUCUGUACGGAAAUUCUUGCCUGAGGACAGUAUCGCGUAUCAAAUGAAGCAAAUUAAUAAACAACUUAUCGCCGUUGCGCAGUUUAUAUUUUCUGUGAUAGCUGGCUUCGCUUUUGGAUUCACUGGAAUAGAAUUGUUAGUUGAAAAUUUAGAUUUUGGAUUCAGACUACUUCUAGGUAUAAUUUGUGCACUAAUUGUAGCACUAGCUGAAAUUUAUUUUCUGGCUCUAAAAUUGAAUGAGUAUGAUUUUGAUGUACUUGCUACAUCCAAAACUAAAAAAUUGCAUCAGGACUAGAAAUUUCAUUUGUGCAUCUGUUGUGUAUUACAUGUUAUUUGAGUAUUUUAGUAUAUUAUGCAUAAAGCAAUAGAUAGCAUCAAACAAAAUUAAAAUUAUCUCAAAUACUAAUAUAUAAAAGCUAAUAUUAAGUUUAUGAUACAUAUAUGUUAAUAAUAUACCAUAAAAAAUAUUGUAUAAUGUGUCAUUAAUAAGAGACAAAACAAGAUACAUUAAGGUGCUUGCUAUUUAUUUAUGUCUUUAUCAUAGUCCUAUAUAUUAUUCAGUAAAGAUGAUUAUUGUAACAAUAAACUUGAUAAUUAUUUAUUUUAUAUAAUUUAGUUGAUGUAUAAUUGUACAAUAUGUAUAAUUGUACAAUAUGAACAAAAUACAAGUGAAAAUAUCACAAAUUAACAUA